CUUUUAUUUGAUAAAUGAGCGGAUUAGAGGAUAUUCCUGAAUUUUAUGAUGAUCCAUAACAACCUACAAAAUAGGAAAUAUAGUAAGAGCAAUUAUUGAGAAUCGUAGAAAGUAUGACAAUUACAAUGUCUCAUAAUUCAAAAACUUUGGGCUAAAAGAGGAGCUCUUACGAGCCGUAAAAGAAGCCGGGUUUGAGCAUCCUACAAGAGGUAAUUAGUAUUGAUCUAUAUUUCCAUAGUCCAAGCUGAAUCGUUGACAAAUGCACUAUAAGGAGAACAAUUGAUUUGCCAAGCAAAAGCAGGAACAGGAAAGACAGCUGUGUUUGUUCUGACUGUAUUGAAUACGAUCAACACUGAAAGCAACAAAGUGGAAUGUCUUGUAAUUACUCACACAAGAGAGUUGGCCCAAUAAGUAAGAGAUGUGUAAAUAUAAUAGGCUCGGGAUGAAUUUUUAAGAUUGGGAAAGUUUAUGAAAAAUAUCAAAGUUGAGUGCUUUUAUGGAGGAGGAGAACCAGUCACUGUAAAUAUCUCAACAAUUGAAACAGUCAAGCCUUAGAUUAUAGUUGGGUAAACAUAGAAUCUAAUUUGUAGUACUCCAGGACGUCUUAAGGAUUUGAUUUGCGAGAGAAAAGCAUUGAAAGUAGAUAGAUUGAAGUACUUCAUAUUGGAUGAAGCCGAUACAAUGAUAGAAGAUUUAAACAUGAGGUGCUGAUUUUUGGAAAUAAUUAUUUUUAGAAAGGACAUUCAAGACAUCUUCUUACGUUCACCACAAGAGAAAUAAUUUAUGGCAUUCAGUGCAACCUUUACAGAAUCAAGCAGAACAUCACUCAAAAAGUUUAUAGCCGAUAACAAACAUGUACAUUAUCAUGGUAUUUCAAGAUUUAUGAAAUUACAAUCAAACCAGAACAACUCUUCUUAGAUAAAUUGAAGUAAUACUAUAUGAAAGUACCUGAAACUCUUAAAUUCCAUUAUUUGAGAUAAAUCUUAAAUACAUGCAAAUUAAAUCAAUGCAUCAUUUUUGUUAAGAGCUCAGAAAAGGCUGAUGCAUUAGUCGCUGAACUCAAAAAGAAGGGAGAGGAUUCAGUCAGAUAACUCUACGGUGGCAACAGAUUGGGACCAGAUCACCAAAAAAUGAGACAGAAGACCUAUGAAUAAUUCAGAAAUGGACAUUUCAGAUUACUGGUUGCAACCAACUUAAUGGGAAGAGGUAUUGAUAUUGAUAAGGUCAAUUAUGUCAUCAAUUUUGAUAUGCCUGAUUCCUUGGAGACCUAUUUACAUAGAGUACUCAUAUUAUUUAGGUUGUUAGGUUGGAAGAGCUGGUAGAUAAGAGACUAAUGGAGUCGCUAUCUCCUUUGUUAAGUUUGAAGAAGAAGCUUCAGAUGUUAAGAAACAUACAGAUGAUGAAGUAUUUAGUCCUCUUAUUUAUUUAAUUAGGUUUUAUAAUAGAUUCUUAAAUAAUAUCCAGACAAAUUACAAUAGUUACCCUAAGAUUUAUCAACAUUAGACAAGUUUUGAAUAUGAUAAUAUUACAUAAAAUAAA